GAGAGAGAGAGAGUCAAAGCUCAGCUCAUCUAACAGAGAGUCGCAUAGUACAGCAACACCAUGCGCGCCCCGGAGAGCCUCCUGCACCGCGCGGCCGUCGCCGCUGGCUCUGGAGAGACGUCACCGCCUACUUCUCCGGAGCAGCAGACGGCGCCGGAGGGGAUGGCGGUGAACUCGAACAUGGCGGUGAUCCUCGCGUCCCUCCUAUGCGCCCUCGUCUGCCUCCUCGGCCUCGCCCUCGCCUCCCGCUGCACCUGCCGCCGACACCGCACCUCCAGUCCUCCACCGAAGGGGCUCAAGAAGAAGGCUAUCGACGCGCUUCCCACCAUCUCCUAUGCCGCCUCGCCAGAAUCAUCGCCAACAGCAGCAGUAGCAGCGCAGUCGUCGUCGUCGGAGUGCGCGAUAUGCCUUGUGGAGUUCGCGGAGGGGGAGGGCCUGCGCGUGCUCCCGCGUUGCGGCCAUGGCUUCCACGUCGCGUGUGUUGACGCCUGGCUCCGGACCCAUGCUACAUGCCCCUCUUGCCGCGCCGCCAUCGUCGCCGUAGAGCCGCCGCCAGUGGGGCCAACGGUGGUCGUGGUGGUAGCGAGCGAAGGCAGACGGUGCGGGAGGUGCGGCCAAGUGGCAGCGCCAGGCGGGUGUGGAGAUGCCACGCCCACGUUCUUACCUUAGCGCUUCUCUUACCCUAGCUUGUUCUUUUACUCCCUCCUUACCAGGGCAUAAGGCGUAUAAAUUUUUUGCAAUUUUCGUCAAGGCUUAAGGCGUGGCCUGUUGGGCUUUCUAAUCUUUCCAAUUCUACCCCCACGUACGUACCGUUCCAUCCUCGAAACCAGGCGAUCGAGCGCCGCCUCUCUCUUCGUCUUCGACGAGAAUUAACUACGCGCCUCGAUCUGCACGUCCUCGCCCAGCUGCAGCUCUCCUUUACAUCAUGGCGCUGCUCCUUAACCUCCUCACUUCUUCUCCCCCAUCAGCUUACUCUCCCCCGUCUAGCUUCCUCUCAUGGCGCUGCUCCUUCACGUCAACAUGGUUCGUCGGAUCUUUAGGGCAGCAGCACUCAUGGCGCUGGUGGCGGCUUGGACGCUGUCCCAUGGCGCCUCUGCGAUGGAGUAUUUGCUAAGCUGGUAAUCAAUCUGUUAAUCAGGUUUGUAGUGCUGUUCUUCUGCUUCAUUUUUCUAGUGCCCUCUGCUUUUCAGCUAGAUCGCUGUGUCGAUCCAAUGUAUCUGGACGUUGUAGCUCAUCUGCUUGCUGUAAAGUAAACUUGUGAUUUUCAAACUUGUUUCUUUUUCA